GAAUAUCAGCUAUGGAGUGUUUUCUGAAAUGAAAAACCCUGUUCUGUUUCAUGACCCUAAACUACACAGGGCAGACAUGUCCAGACCUCCAUCUCCAGUGCCCAGAUGUGUGUCUCUGAAGAGAGAGGAGUCCAUGCCUCUGUCCCUCUACUUCAGUGAUGAACCAGCAGAUCAUGACCUGAAUGAGCUAGGGGCUGAUCUGACCAAGGAUCAGUCCAUGUGUGGAGUGUGUGAGCAGGUACUGAGGGAUCCAGUCAUCACCACCUGUGGACACAGUUUCUGCAGGCAGUGCAUCAGCAGCUACUGGAAGCAGCCUGGACUACCAGGAGACCAAGCCUGUCCCCAGUGUGAAAAGACUUGCAGAAUCCAACCUCCUCUACAGCCUCCUCUAGACAAGCACACAGAUAUGAGCACACAAGAUGAACACAGACGCUUGAUCAAAAGCAGAACACACCCAAACACUGAGCAUAAACUAAGCAGAAAGAAUAAACUAGAUGAGGACCUGAAGAGAGUUAUACAGAAUCACAAAGCCAGUCUGAAGAGGAGAUUUGAGAACAUAUCUGAAGGCAUCAUCAAACCAGGGGCUGAGAUACUCCUCAGUAAGAUCUACACAGACCUCUACAUCACAGCAGGAGAUAGUGAAGGGGUGAAUACGAAGCAUGAGGUUUGGCAGAUAGAGUCAGCAUCCAGAGUACAAACAACAGAAGACACACCGAUCAACUGCAAUGACAUCUUCAAGCCCUUACCUGGACAGAAGAGGCACAUCAGAACUGUGAUGACCAAAGGUGUCGCUGACAUUGGAAAAACAGUCUCAGUACAGAAAUUCAUUCUUGACUGGACAGAUGGGGUGGCCAAUCAGGAUGUAGAUUUUAUGUUUCCCUUUUCUUUCCGUGAGCUGAAUUUGGUCAGGGGUGAUCAGUAUAGUCUUCACAGGCUCCUGCUGGACUUCCACCCUGAACUGAAGGCGCUGCAUGAUGAAGGAUACAAACAGUGUCAGGUUGCGUUCAUCUUUGAUGGUUUGGACGAGAGCCGGUUGACUCUGGAUCUGGAACAGAACAGUAAGUUGUCUGAUGUAGAACAAAUAUCAUCAGUGGAUCUUCUGAUAACAAGCCUCAUUCAGGGAACUCUGCUUCCCUCUGCACUCAUCUGGAUAACCUCACGACCAGCAUACGUGAGUCAAAUUCCUACUCAGUAUACUGACCAGGUAACAGAAGUACGAGGAUUCAAUGACCCACAGAAAGAAGAGUACUUCAGGAAGAGAAUCAAAAAUCAGAAUCAGGCUAACAGAAUCAUCUCACACAUUAAAGCAUCCAGGAGUUUUCACAUCAUGUGCCACAUUCCAAUCUUCUGUUGGAUUGCAGCCACUGUACUUCAGCAGAUGCUGGAACAGGACAACACCCAGGAAAUACCCACUACUCUGACUGAGAUGUUCAUACACUUCCUACUAAUCCAGACUACUCGAAAGAAUCAGAAAUAUCAAGAAAGCCACGAAACAGAUACGAAGAGGCUCUUGGAAUCACAGAACAUCAUACUGCUGAAGCUAGCAGAACUGUCUUUCAAGAAUCUAGAGAAUGGCAACCUCAUGUUUUAUGAGGAAGACCUGCAUGAAUGUGGCAUUGAUGUCCGUGAAGCCUCAGUGUACUCUGGCAUGUGCACUGAGAUCUUCAAAGAAGAAUCUGUUUUUCACCAGAAGGUCUACUGCUUUGUGCAUCUGAGUGUCCAGGAGUUUCUGGCAGCCCUGUAUGUGUUUCACUCUUACAUGACCAAGAACUUUGAGGCAGUGAAAUCCCUUAUCAGUGAAGAAUGCAGAGAUGAGCUCCACCCAUCAAUUACAUCUUAUUUUCUUUCAAUAUUAGGAUUAAAAUCUCAGGACACUUUACAUGUCUUACUUAAGAGUGCACUCAAUAAGGCUUUGGAGAGCCAGAGCGGACAUCUGGAUCUUUUCCUUUGCUUCCUAAUGGGCAUUUGUCUGGAGAGCAAUCAGACCCUUCUGAAAGGUGUACUUGACCACACACACAACACCUCAAAUAGCAUCAAGGAGACAUGUCAGUACAUUAAGCAGCUUGACAGCGAAGAUCUCUCUCCAGAACGAUACAUCAAUCUUUUCCACUGCUUGUUUGAAAUGAAUGAUCAUUCCAUACACAAAGAAAUUCAGAAAUUCCUAUCAUCACCAAAGAACAUCAAUCAAAACGUGUCUCCUGUUCACUGUUCAGCACUGGCCCACAUACUUUUGAUGUCAGAGGAGGUGCAGGAUGAGAUUGAUCUGAGAAAAUUCAACACAUCAGAUGAAGGACGCAGGAGACUGAUCCCAGCUGUGAGUUGCUACAGAAAGGCACGAUUUGCUGACUGUAAACUCACAGAUAAGUCUUGUGAGAUUGUGGCUUCAGUUCUCCAGUCACAAAACUCCCUGCUACAGCUGGACUUGAAUGGCAAUGACCUGGGGGAUUCAGGAGUUAAUCUUCUCUCUAAGGGACUGUCCAGUUCCAACUGCAAAAUUCAUACAUUGAGGCUCUCUGAUUGCCUCAUCUCAGAGGAGGGUUGUAUUUAUCUGGCUUUGGCUCUGACUUCAAACCCCUCCCAUCUAAAAGAGCUAGAUCUGAGCUACAAUCAUCAUGGAGAAUCAGGAAUGAAGCUGUUAUCUGCUAGAUUGGAGGAUCCUGACUGUAAACUGGAGAUACUCAAAACUGACCAUUCCUCUGUGAGCAGAGCUCGACCACGUUUGCUGAGAUAUACCUGUGCGCUCACACUAGACCCAAACACAGCAGACAAAGAACUUGUUCUCUCUGAGCAGAAGACAAAGGUGACAUGUGUGGGUGAGAUGCAGCCGUAUCCUGACCACCCUGAAAGAUUUGCCUGGUGGGGUCAGGUGUUGUGUAGAGACAAUCUGCCUGGACACUGCUACUGGGAGGCUGAGUGGAGUGGACAAGAGGUUGCUAUUGCUGUGGUCUAUAAAAGCAUCGAGAGGAAAGGGGAAGAUACUGACAGCCUGCUGGGAUCUAACGCCAAGUCCUGGAGUCUGACCUGCUCUCCUCUCCGUUACUCUGCCUGGCACAAUAAUAAACACACUGCAAUGCCCGCCCCCUCCUCUGGGUCCAGAAGAGUAGGAGUGUACCUGAACCAGCCGGGCGGCACUAUAGCCUUCUACAGCGUCUCCUCUGACACACUCACCCACCUGCACACUUUCCACUCCACGUUCACUGAGCCCCUCUGUCCAGGGUUUGGGCUUUGGCCUGGCUCCUCAGUGGACCUGAGCCAGAUCAUGAGCUCCUCCUCCAACACCACCUGUGUCAGGGGCCAAUCCACUAUCAGACUUGUGUAAGGCCAGGAUUUGGGCCAAACCUGCAAAAUGGCUGCCACAUGGCUGCACCCAUUUCAAACAAAGGAUUUAUUUAUUUUUUUUACACAUCAUCUGCCUUUGUCUCCACUCCUAUGUUUUCCUCUCUUCUUCUUUUUUUAUUUUUUAUUUUAUUUUAUCUUAAAAAAAAGUGGCAUCAGCCAUCCCCCCCUCCAGUUU